AUGACUGUUGGUCUUAUCGAAUCGGCCCGCAACGCGUGCGUGGCGGUCGCCGCGCACGCGCCGGUGCUCGGGCUCAUUCUGCUCGGCAGCGUCGUUGCGUAUGUUGGAACAACGCGCUACACCCCAAAGGUGGCGAGGAAGCUCUUCGAGCGCGACAUCUUUGGCAUCGAUAUUAACAAAACCACGGCAGAACAGCGCCAGCAGUUUGCUGCGAGGCGGCGGGCUGGUCAGACAGAGGAGAAGGAGUUCCAGAAACAGGCCAUCCCAGAGUCCCUCGGGAUCCUCGUAGGCGCUGUGUACCUUUCUGUGGUGAUGGCGCUCAUGUUUUGUCUUCGGUUUCUCGGUGCCGUUGGCAACGGAACAGAAAACGUGUACGCAUCGCUGCCUGGCCCCUUGAUGACCAUCACCGUCAUGCUUCUGCUGGGUUUUGUAGAUGAUGUGCUGGAUGUGAAAUGGCGCCACAAAAUCAUCCUCACCACGCUCGGAUCGCUACCGCUCAUCAUGACCUACGACGGCAGCCUGUCCGUGCUGAUGCCGCGCGUGUUUGGUCGCUUUGGUUUGCCCACGAUGAACGCUACGAAGGAGUGGCUUCUGAGCCUCGCCGCUGCCCAAGGGGAGCCGCCGACUGCCUUCCGCGUCACGGCUCCCUCGACGUGGUUCUCCUACGCCGUCAACCACUGUGCCUAUGUUGAUGUCUCCGACAGCGGCGCAGCUUUGGUUUACCUUGGUCCUCUCUACCUCGUGUACUUGUCCAUGCUGUGCAUCUUCUGCACCAACAGCAUCAACAUUCUUGCCGGCGUCAACGGCGUAGAGGUGGGGCAGAGCAUUGUGAUCGCAAUUGCGUCUGUCGUGUAUAACCUGUGCCAGAUGCGCCUCGAGGGACAGGUGACACCAGACUGGAGCAACACCGACACCGCAGUGGCAGCCGUACGUGACAUGUCGAGCGACCAUCAACUGCGUGCGCUGCUCUUGCUGGGCCCUUUCAUCGGUGCGAGCUUGGCACUCUGGCACUUCAACCGCUACCCCGCUCGCGUCUUUGUAGGAGACAGCUAUACUUACUUCGCUGGGACCGUACUGGCGGUUUCCAGCAUCACCGGCGUGUACAGCAAGACCCUCCUGCUCUUUUUUGCGCCUCAGGUGUUCAACUUUAUCAUAUCGCUGCCACAGCUCUUCGGCAUUGUGCCGUGUCCGCGCCACCGCGUACCGACGUGGAACCCGCAGACGAACUUACUGUCGAGCAGUCACAACUAUACAAUCCUCAAUGUCAUCCUCUACGUAUUCGGCGAUAUGCACGAGGAGAAGCUGACGUGGGCAAUCCUCAAGUGUCAGACCAUCGCCUGUGUUUUCGGUUUCGUGGUGCGGUACGUGCUGAGCUUCCUUCUCUACGAUGAAGUGCACUAG